ACACACAUCACAAAUAGCGCUCACAUGUAGAUAAAAACAACUGCGACCUGGCCUUCGACUAGUAGAGACCACAAACCACAGGGAUUGAUAGUCUUCACGAGCUUAAUGAUGCAUUUCUAACCUGGUAUAAAAGGCGCUCCAAUCAGUGCAGUGGGUCAGUUUGUGCCAGAGGUUUAGAAGUGUGCCAAGUGCUAAGCAAUCCCUGCGACCGCUGCGAACGAUGACUGAUAACAAUACGCUGUUCCGCGGCUUGAUGCAAAAACCGUACGAACCGACGUUUGUGCCGAAGGUGGACGGGAAGCUGUACUACGAUCUGCCCGAUGCGUACCUAACGGACCAGUACCGCCCAUACGGACCAUCGAUACAGAACCGGUUCGGCAUUAAUGCGGAAACGCGCGUACCAUUUCCAAACCUUAGCCCGCCGGAUCUGUCCUUUGCCGAUGUGGUCAGCCGACGGGGUGUGUUUUCGGUGUUUAACACAGCGCACAGGCGGGCCGCUGGCCAGCUAAUACAGCUCUUUCUCGAUCAACCCAACCCGACCACGCUCGGUGCAGUGGCGGCGUACGUGCGCGAUCGUGUCAAUGCGCCCAUGUUUCAGUACGCACUAGCGAUCGCGCUCAUUCACCGGGACGAUACGCGUGAUGUGGAGAUACCGAGCUUUCUGGAACUGUUCCCGGACCGGUUCGUCGAUCCGGCCGUGUUUCCGCAGCUGCGCGAGGAAAGCAACCUGCUCGAUCGGGGUAGCCGACGGGCAAUCGACAUACCGUCCAACUACACGGCGUCGGAUCGGGUCGAUGAGCAGCGCGUGGCUUACUGGAGGGAAGAUAUUGGCCUCAGCCUGCAUCACUGGCACUGGCAUCUGGUGUACCCGUCCACUGGUCCGGAUCGGGUUGUGCGGAAAGAUCGCCGGGGUGAGCUGUUCUACCAUAUGCACCAGCAAACGAUCGCACGGUACAACAUUGAGCGGUUUGCGAACGGAUUGGCGCGCACGCUAUCGUUCAGCCAGCUGAGGGAAAGCAUCCCGGAAGCUUACUUUCCGAAGAUCGUGCGAAGUUCUGACGGGAGAGCGUUCUCCUGUCGCUAUCCGAAUCAGGUGAUGAAGGAUGUUAACCGCGUUGAGGAUGAAUCGACGAUUCGUUUGGCGGAUAUGGAUGUUUCUAUCAAGCGUAUAUUUGAAGCCAUUGAUAAUGGAUACGCUCAAGCGACGAAUGGCGAUCGUGUUCCGCUGGACAACGAGAAGGGAAUCGAUUUAAUUGGCGACAUGCUAGAAGCGAGCACCAAUUCAAUCAACUUUAACUAUUACGGUGACUACCACCAGAACGGGCAUGUCAUGCUGGGCUACAUUCACGAUCCUGACAAUUCCUAUCUGGAAGGCGUCGGCGUUAUGGGCGAUUUAACUACCACGAUGCGGGAUCCUUUGUUCUACCGCUGGCAUCAGCACAUUGAUGACAUUUUCGUACGGCACAAGCAGCGACUGCCGGCCUACACAAGCUCGGAACUUUCAUUCAACGACAUCACGGUGGAUUCUUUCGACGUGCAGUUAAACAAAGCGAACGCGCCAAAGAAUGUGCUUCUCACCUUUUGGCAGCGAUCACAGUUCGAUCUCGGCACGGGGAUAGAUUUUGUGCCGGAAGGUAACCUGUUCGUGACGUUCACACACAUUCAGCACGCGCCGUUUAGCUAUCGUAUCCAAGCGACCAAUAACGGGGGCAGCAUGCGACGCGGUACCGUCCGUCUGUUCCUUGGGCCGAAGGUGAACGAUCGUGGACAGGUCCUGCCUUUCCGUGACCAGCGCCGUCACAUGGUGGAGCUGGACAAAUUUACCGUGAACUUGCGUCCUGGGCAAAACUCCAUCGUAAGACGUUCGGACGAAUCGAACCUGACCAUUCCGUACGAACGAACGUUCCGCAAUAUAGCCGCCUCGAGCCAGCCGGGCAUGGAGGUGUUCCAGUUUUGCAACUGCGGCUGGCCAUCCCAUAUGCUCCUGCCGAAGGGAUCUGCCAGCGGUUUGGAGUAUGACUUUUUUGUUAUGAUUUCCAACUACAAUCAGGACCGGGUGGAGGAAUUUAAUGAGAAUGACAACUGUAACGAUGCGCACAUGUUUUGCGGUUUACGCGAUCGUCGCUAUCCGGAUGCUCGAAGCAUGGGCUAUCCGUUCGAUCGCUUCACGCCAAAUUCCGUGGGAAGCUUGCAGGAAUUCGCGCGCCCGUAUAGAAAUAUGGCCACUACGCCCGUUUCCAUCCGUUUCACUAACACCGUUAUUGCACGCACCAUGACGGAUAUUAAUACACGCUUUCGUGGGCUGCUGCAGCGCCCGUACGAGCCGACCUUCGUGCCGAAAAACAAUGGCCAGCUGUACUUCGAUGUACCGGACACUUACCUAACCGAUCACUAUCGCCCGUUCGGCGCAGCGCUGCAGAAUCGGUUCGGCACGAACGCUCAAACGCGCAUUCCACUGCCAAACAUUACGGCACCGGAUCUGGCGUACGCGGAUGCCGUUAGCCGUCGGGGUGGAUUUUCGAUUUUCCAUCCAUCGCAUCAGCGCGUGGCCAGUCAACUGAUCGAGCUGUUUCUCGAACAAUCGAACCCGGACGCACUGACGGCAAUGGCUGUGUUUGUGCGGGAUCGUGUCAAUGGUCCGCUGUUCCAGUACGCGCUCUCGGUCGCGCUGAUGCAUCGUACCGAUACGCGCGAUGUCGAGAUUCCGAGCUUUUUGGAGCUGUUCCCCGAUCGGUACGUUGAUCCGGCUGUGUUUCCGCAGCUGCGCGAAGAGGGCACACUUGUGGACCAGGGUGAUCGCCGUGCAAUCGAAAUCCCGAUGAACUUUACCGCCUCGGACAGGGUGGACGAGCAGCGGUUGGCCUACUGGCGGGAGGACAUCGGUGUGAACCUGCACCACUGGCACUGGCAUUUGGUGUAUCCGGCCCGCGGGCCGGAUCGUAUCGUGCGCAAGGAUCGCCGGGGUGAGCUGUUCUACUACAUGCACCAGCAAACGAUGGCUCGCUACAACAUUGAGCGGUUUGCAAACGGAAUGCCGCGGGUGGUUGCGUUCCGAAAUUUCCGCGAAGCCAUCCCCGAGGCGUACUUUCCCAAGAUAACGCGCAGCUCCGAUGGACGUUCGUAUCCAGCUCGGCAUCCCAACGAAACGUUGAGUGAUCUUAAACGAGUUGAGGAUGGUGUAAUAGUAUCGAUCGCUGAUAUGGAGCUAUGGACGACUAGGAUUUUUGAAGCAAUUGAUAACGGCUUCGCUCAAUCGUCGAGCAAUCAGCGUGUUCCAUUGGACAAUGACAGCGGGAUCGAUUUGCUGGGGAACAUUGUGGAAGCGAGCACCCUGUCGGUGAAUCCGCAGUACUACGGAGAUCUUCACAACAACGGGCACAACAUCCUUGGCUACAUACACGAUCCGGACAACUCGUUCCUGGAGGGUUUCGGAGUGGUCGGAGACAACACGACGGCCAUGCGCGAUCCGGUGUUUUAUCGUUGGCAUCAGCACAUCGAUGACAUUUUCGUCCGUCACAAGCAACGGCUUCCGGCGUACACGGGACAGGAGCUAGCAUUUAACGAUGUGGCGGUGGAUAGCUUCGAAAUUCAACUGAACAAAGCGAACGCACCCGUCAACAUUCUGCUAACGUUCUGGCAAAGAUCGCAGGUAAAUCUCGGCACCGGGCUCGACUUCGGCCCGGAGGGCAAUCUGUUUGCGACGUUCACGCACAUUCAGCACGCACCGUACAGCUACCGCAUACGGGUGAACAAUCGUGCCGGGGACACUAGACGCGGCACGGUACGCAUAUUCUUCGGACCGAAAACAAACGAACGUGGCCAAACGUUGCCAUUCCGCGAGCAGCGCCGUUUGAUGGUGGAGUUGGACAAGUUUACCGUCACACUUAAUGCCGGUGCUAACACGAUCGUGCGACGAUCGGAUCAAUCGAGCGUAUCGAUCCCGUACGAGCGAACGUUCCGAAAUGUGGCUGCCUCAUCGCUGACACAGAAUGAAGCCUUCCAGUUCUGUAACUGUGGUUGGCCGAACCAUAUGCUUCUGCCGAAAGGUUCUCCCGACGGUAUUGAGUAUGACUUUUUCGUUAUGGUGUCCGAUUUUGCACAGGAUCGCGUUGAGGAUUUCGACGAGAAUGUUAACUGUAACGAUGCUCACUCAUUCUGUGGUCUGCGUGAUCGACGCUAUCCGGAUUCACGUAGCAUGGGCUAUCCGUUCGAUCGCUUCACGCCAGGAACGAUUGGCAGUUUGCUAGAUUUUACCAAACCUUACGUCAACAUGUUGGUCACUCCGGUGAAGAUACGGUUCACCAAUACGACAAUGGCUACCAACAUUCGGGACAAGUUUCGUGGCCUGUUACAGCAUCCGUACGAACCGCUGUUUCUACCGAAAAGCGAUGGCCAACUGUUUUACGACCUGCCGGAGAAGUUCUUCACCGAUCGUUAUCGCCCGAUCGGGCAAAACCUGAUCAAUAGGUUCAGUGCAGCGGCGGCUGCACCGGCCGGUACGAGUGCAGACACACCGACCAUGAAUCGGGUAUCGCUCAACAAUAUCCCCGAUCCGGACAUAAAGUUUGCCGAAGCCGUACCACGACGCGGAGCGUUCUCUCUCUUCAUCCCGGAGCAUCGCGUUAUCGCUGGACGUUUGAUCAAGCUGUUCCUGGAUCAACCGGACGCCGAUACACUGGGGGAUGUCGCUGCUUACGCCAGGGACCGACUGAACGGUCCACUCUUUCAGUAUGCACUGGCAAGUGCUUUGCUGCAUCGAAGCGAUACGAGUGAUGUUCCCGUGCCUUCAUUUUUGCACCUUUUCCCGGAUCAGUUUAUAGACCCAGCAGCGUUUCCUCAAAUUCGCGAGGAAGGCCGUGCCGUGUUGCAACCGAAUCGGAUGUCGAUUGACAUUCCGCUGAACUACACGGCAUCGGAUCGUGUGACCGAGCAGCGGUUGGCGUACUUCCGGGAGGACAUUGGCGUGAAUCUCCAUCACUGGCAUUGGCAUCUGGUGUACCCGGCAGAAGGGCCGGAACGGAUUGUGCGGAAGGAUCGCCGGGGUGAGCUGUUCUACUACAUGCACCAACAGAUGAUUGCCCGCUAUCAGGUCGAACGUUACAGCCAAGGUUUGGGGCGUGUGACUCCACUAGACAAUCUGCGGACGCCCAUCCCCGAGCCCUACUAUCCGAAGAUUCUGCGCAGUGCCAACAAUCGUACGUAUCCUGCGCGCUAUGCCAACAUGACGCUGGAGGACGUUAUACGCCCGAAUGAUGGGCUGCGUGUGAUCAUUUCGGAAGUAGAACGUCAGCUUCAGCGCAUUAUUGCAGCGAUUGACGAAGGUGUUGUGGUUGCGCCAAGCGGACAGCGCACACAGUUGGACAACUUCCGCGGCAUCGAUAUAUUGGGCAAUAUCGUUGAAAGCUCGACCAUAUCCGUGAACCGUCAGCUGUACGGCGAUACGCACAACAGUGGGCACGUAUUGCUUUCGCUCGUGCACGAUCCGAGGGAAGAUUUUCUUGAGAGCUUCGGUGUGAUGGGUGAUGUGACGACGGCAAUGCGUGAUCCCGUCUUCUACCGCUGGCACACCUUCGUCGACAGCAUUUUCCAGCGCCACAAGCAACGGUUCGCACCGUACGGGCCGGCCGAAUUGAGAAACCCGGGCGUUAACUUGCUGAGCCUGGAAACGGAGCUAGAUCGGCGCGAUUCGGUCAAGAACACGUUGCUAACGUUCUGGCAACGUUCGCAGUUCGAUCUGGGUGCUGGUAUAGACUUCGGCGCAGAGGGCAGCGUGUUCGUAACUUUCACUCAUCUACAGCACGCCGCAUUCAACUAUCGGCUGCAGGUUGCCUAUUCUGGUACGGCCAAGCCUGCGACACUGCGCAUCUUUCUGGCACCGAAGCGUAAUGAACGAGGACAAUCGUUGACGUUUGAAGAGCAACGACGGCUGGCUAUCGAGAUGGAUACAUUCCGUGUGAAUUUAACACCUGGCAUUAACAACAUCAUUCGACGAUCGGCAAACUCGAGUGUUACCAUCCCAUACGAACGCACCUUCCGCAACGUGGCUAACACAAACAUUGGUGAUGCAAAUUUCCGCUUCUGCGGCUGUGGAUGGCCAUCGCACAUGCUUGUGCCGAAAGGCGAUCAGUUCGGUGUGGAGUACGAUCUUUUCGCGAUGCUGUCCGAUCAUGAGCAGGACCGGGUGAAUCCAUUGUUUGAUGAACGCACGGAUUGCAAUGAUGCACACUCGUUCUGUGGUUUGAGGGAUCGUACGUAUCCAGAUGCACGCAACAUGGGCUUUCCGUUGGAUCGUCGUGUAGCGAACACGGUUCGAUCGUUCCAGGAUUUCGUUGCGCCUUAUCAGAACAUGCGUGUCGCGACGAUAACGAUUCGCUUCACCAAUACGGUUGUGGAGAGACUAGUUUACACUAACCUGAAGUUAAACUCGCUUGUAUCAAACCGUUCGGACCACAACAUGUCGGACCUCCAAACUGGAUUCCUGUGUCUUAUGACGCGCCCUACCGAACCAUUGUUCUAUCCGAAGUACAACGGAGAAGUGUUUAUGGAUCUUCCUUCCGAGUAUCUUCCCGAACGCUAUCAACGUAUAGCUGGUUCGAUCAAAACCCACCACGGAUCGACAGCCAAGCAUCACAUCUCGAUCAAGCCAGUGGAGCUGCCGGACUUUGGGUACACCGCUCAUGUACCACGCCACGGUGAAUUUAAUCUAUUUAAUCCGGCUCAACGGCAGGUGGCAGGGCGGCUGGUAGGAGAUUUGCUCUCACAGCCCGAUCCCCAAGCAAUGCUCUCGGUGGCGGCUUACGCCCGCGAUCGUUUGAAUCCAACCCUGUUCCAGUACGCACUUGCCGUAGCGUUGGUACAUCGAAAGGAUACGGGUAACGUACCGGUACCCUCUUUUCUGGAAAUGUUUCCCACACGGUUCGUCGAUCCGGCACUGUUCCCUAAGCUAGUUGAGGAGGGAUUUGUAGUGCAGCAGGGUGAACGCGUGGCAAUUGAGGUGCCACCUAGUUUUAGCGCUUCUGAGACAGAUCCCGAACAGCGGUUGGCCUAUUUCCGGGAGGAUAUUGGAGUGAACCUGCACCAUUGGCAUUGGCAUCUAGUGUACCCACAGGAAGGUCCGCUUGAGGUCGUCGAUAAGGAUCGCCGCGGAGAACUGUUCUAUUAUAUGCACCGUCAAACCGUCGCGCGGUACAAUGUGGAACGGUUCUGCAAUCGGUUGCCGGCGGUGAAACCGCUGAAGAAUCUUCGCGAACCCAUUCCGGAGGCAUACUUCCCGAAGCUGCUGAACAGUGCACUGAAUCGAACGUACCCUGGCAGACAUGCGAAUAUGGUGUUGAGCCAUGUCAACCGUCCCGACGAUGACGCUGUUGCAACGAUCUUGGAGCUUGAAUCAUCGCUGGGAAGAAUAAAGGAAGCCAUUCAGUCCGGUUUCGCAAUGGCAGCGGACGGGACACGUGUUCCUCUGGAUCCUAAGAAAGGCAUCGAUAUUCUUGGCAAUAUUAUGGAAAACUCGAUCCUUUCGGUCAACGUACCGUACUACGGUAAUUACCACUCGCUUGGCCACGUUCUCAUCGGCUUUAUCCACGAUCCGGACAACCUGUACCUCGAGGGACACGGUGUGAUGGGUGACUUUACGACGGCAAUGCGUGAUCCAACGUUUUACCGUUUCCAUGGCCACGUGGACGAUGUGUUUGAUAUGCACAAGCAAAAGCUUUCGCCAUACAAAGCGCACGAACUGUCCUUCCCAGGUGUAUCCAUCUCGGACGCAACGGUGCAGAUUACGAGCGGUAAGGCGGCCAGAAAUAGAUUGCUAACCUUCUGGCAACGGACGCAAGUUGAUCUGGGAACGGGGCUAGAUUUCGGACCGCAAGGUAACGUGUUGGCAACGUUCACCCACAUCCAGCACGCACCGUUUGCGUACCAAAUUAUGGUACAAAACGAAACGGCGGAGCAAAAGAAGGGAACUGUUCGCAUUUUCCUCGCCCCGAUCUACGAUGCGAACGGAGAGCAACUAUUACUGAGCCAGCAGCGUCGGUACAUGCUGGAGAUGGACAAAUUUGUCGUCAAGUUACAUCCUGGCGAUAACCGGAUCAUUCGACGAUCAGACCAGUCAAGCGUAACCAUACCGUACGAAAGGACCUUCCGGCGAGUUGACGCUUCCAACAUGCCGGGCACGGAGAGCUUCCGCUUCUGCAACUGUGGCUGGCCCGAUCAUAUGCUGCUGCCUAAGGGACAUCCCGAUGGUCAACCGUUCGAUCUGUUUAUCAUGAUUUCUGAUUACAAGGACGAUGCUGUAAGCACCGGAUUCAAUGAGAAUGAAAACUGUAACGAUUCACAUUCAUACUGUGGUCUACGCGAUCAGCUGUAUCCGGACCGUCGUGCGAUGGGUUUUCCCUUUGACCGACAGCCGGUUGCCCAGGAUCACUUGAUGAAGGACUUUGUGGGCAGGUUCCCCAAUAUGAGUCGUACCGUAGCGGAAGUUAUGUUCACCAACACUAUCAUUUCACGCACGUAAAUGGCAUCACGAUAACCGAUCGAUGAACGAUACUUGUGGCUGACCCGUAUGAUCGUUUUUUUUUAUCAACGAGGAACAUUAUAUUAAAAUGCAAUGGAAAAAUGAGCAAUAAAAUAUAUUCAUAAUCAAGCAAAUA